AUGCAAAUUAGAUCUCUUUUCGCUGUUCUUGUUGCGACAAUGCAAGUCGUCCCAACCUUGGCCAAGUACGGCGACUGUUUUAUUGGUCUAUACGAGAAGGGUGGGAGAAACCCAAACCAUAUAGCUGGCACGGAGGCAGAUGAGUCUGGGACAUUUGAAGUUCUGCACGAAAAUUAUAAAAUCAGGGUUAAGAUUUUCAAAUGCGUUAAACAACACGUUUAUGACAGCACGCCAUCGGGCACUGAGAUCAGGGUUAUACCAAGUGUUGGUUACGACCCUAACAAGCGGCAAACCGCUCCCAGACCCGCUCCCAGACCCGCUCCCAGACCAGCCCCCAGACGGACACAAAAUGCUGCGGGACAUAGGUAA